AACAAAACAACGCAAACACCACCUCCUGAUCUGCCUGUGCCAUCCACGCGAUUGUCGCUCGUGUCAAAGAAGAGAAGAGAAGAAGAGGCAAGAACAAGAGAGAAGGCGAAGGAGAAGAAAGGAAGCACACCCCUACGCCCACAAUACCACGAUGGCGUGCAAGCACUGGCUCGACUAUUUUCUCGUUGUCGUGUCUGCGUUUUCCUUGGCGGCCUGGGCGACGUUUGUGAUUGGCUUUGGGUUGGAGAAAGAUAACCCGGACCACCUGAGCGACCUCGGAUGGGAUUCAUCUACGCAACACACCCUCUGGUUCUUCUUCACAGUGGCUGGUAUCAUUGCUGGCUUUGCCACGGUGGUGUACUCCUUCUCCAAGCGGCGAACGCUGCUGCUCUUUGCCAUCUUCACCAGCUGCGUUGCCCUCUUCUCCUGCGGCGGUCCACUCGAUGCAUCUGGCCGCUUCCUUUACCUCUGUAACCAAGAAGACGACGCCGGCAAAACGCGCCAGGGCCCAGGCUGCCAAGAGCAAACCUACGACAACUACGUCCUCAUGUUCUUGGGAUGCCUCAUCUUCGCCCUGUGCCAGACGAUGGCCGUCUGCUUUGCCGCUGCUGCCGCGCGGGACACCCGCUUCUCCUUCCACGGCCGAUCCGGCUACUCGGAGAACCUUCUCUUCUGAGCUUCGAGUUGCGACGAGCGACUGAGAAAAAGAAAGGAGGAACCCUUUCUGUGGAAAGUGUGGAGACUGUUCUGAGUUCUGACCCUUGCGACAGACUGACGCCUUGUUGCCUGUUGCUUGUGCAAAGUUGCAACGUCGUGUGCUUCUUCUCUGCUGUGUUCUUGAACGAACUAUGUUCUUAUGUUCCUUUGUUGUGUGUCUGUCCUUCUGUCAUUUUUUUUAUGCGUUCCCUUGCGCGCGUGGCGUGCUUGCUGACCGACUGACCUUGGAUGGAAGGGACCGUUUGUCUGCGGAGGUGGGGUGGAAGUAGGGAAGAGGGGAAGUCAUCACUUCAGUGUGCUCGUGUGCGUGUGGCAGUGGAGUGGAAGGAACAAGGCUGUCGGGUGACUUGACUGCCAUUUGCUGCUUGUCGUGCUGAAUCUUAA